GAACGACAAUAAAAUAAAAUAAACUUAAGUUGUGGGUAAAUGCUGAAGUAAAAGAUAUCGUAUUUAUUUAAUUUUUUAGCAGGGAAAUGAUGUCUGCUUUUCGUGGUUUAAAAAAAAAAAAGAUAUAUCAACCAAACUAAAAGCCCCCCCCCCUUUAUCCGCCUUUGUUGUGUGUUUAUUUUUUUGGGUUGGUUUGCCCAGUCGAGUCUCUCUGGAAUAGCGUAAGAGCGAUCGCCAUGCCGUCCCAUUCCCGAAUCUUCCACCACUUCGAGUGCGUGCAGGGACAAGUGACGCUGGGGAACUUCAAGAUGCGGUGCAAGCAUUGCAGGAGAGAAGUAUCGGGGUCCUGCAAGGCAACCUCCAACUUCUACACACACAUGAAGAGGCACCACGCAGACAUCUACCUGGAGCUGAAAGAACCCCUCCCUGCUUCCGAAACCGCACCCAGGGAGCCCCGCCUGACCCCCCCCUCCUCCUCCCCCCAUCCCGGGGCCUGGAACCCCCGUGACCCCCGCCAGCGCGCCCUCACAGACGCCGUGGUCGACUUCCUCUCCCACUCCCUCCAGCCCCUGUCUCUGGUCGAAGACCCCUCUUUCAAAACCCUCCUAAAACUCGCCCAGCCCUCCUUCUCCCUCCCCAGCCUGGAUCGCCUCCGAUACGAGGUCCUGCCCGCCAGGACGGCCAGCCUCUACUCCUCCGUCUCCUCCCGGCUCUCCAAAAUCCCCGGGCUGUGCCUGACUCUGGAUGUGUGGGCGGAGAGGGGGCGGGGCAGGGGGCGUGGUCAGUCGCUGGUGGUGGGUGUGGCCGGCCACUACAUCCAGGACUCUUCCUUUCGCCCGAGGAGCGUCCUGCUGGCUUGCAGGAGGGUGAGAGGCGGGUCGGUGGAGGAGCGGGAGGAGGGAGUUCUCUCGAACUACCAGGAGGUCGUCUCCAGUUUUGGACUAGAGGACAAAGUGGUGACCCUCAUCACGGGCAGCGGAGUCGACGACGGACCGCCGGUCAGGCUUCCUGGGUGGGAGGAAGAGGAGGAGGAGGAGGAAGAGGAAGAGGACAGCGACGGCGAGAAUGGCGUCGGCACGGCGACCGAAGCCGCCUCCGACCCUGGCCCGCCCCUUUCCCCUCUGCCCCACUGCUUCCCCUGCUUCUCCCGUGCCCUGGAGUCCGUCGUGGGCGACGGGCUGAGACGCGCCGGACACCCGACCUCCGCCGCCGUCCGCAGAGCCAGCAAGCUGCUCGCUGACCCGUCCCGUCGAGAGAUCGCCAGCCAGGGGCUUUUCAGUGACCCGCAGAGGCAGCGGCAGCAGCAGCAACAGCAGCAGCGGGGCUGGGCCGCCCAAGCCAGGGCUUUGAGAUCUGUCGUCCCGGAGAUCCCCGAAGAAGAAGAAGACGACGACGAAGAAGAAGAAGAAGAGUUGGACCAGAGCUGGCGGCCACUGCCUCAACCUCCUCCUUCUCCUGCCCCUCCUUCUCUUUCUCCUCCUUCUCCGGCAAACUUCCCGUCGGACCGGCUCUCCGACACGGAGCUCCAAGCCUUGCGGGAGCUCUUGGGAGUCCUGCGUCCGUUCGAGCUCGCGUUGGAGCAAGCGGAAGGGAGUGGAGGAGGAGGAGGAGGGGAGGGAGGAGGAGGAGGAGGAAGGGGGACGGCCAGCUGCGUCCUGCCUUGCAUCCGAGGGCUGAGAGCCGAGCUGGAGGAGAUGGGGCACCGCGGCGGAUCGGAGCCUCUGCUGCUGGCUCUGCGGUCCUCCGCGGAGAGCCGGCUGGCCGGGUACGAGGGGGAGGAAGCCUUCGUGCUGGCCGCCGCUCUGGACCCGCGCUGGAAGCUGGACUGGUGCUCCGGAGCGGCGGAGGCCCUGGAAGUCAAGAAGCUUCUGGCGGGGAAAGUUGCGGCGAUGGUGGCGUCGCCGGAGCCGAAUCAGAAUCCAGUUUCUUCUACUCUCCAGACACCUCCUCCUCCAAAGAAGAAGAAGAAGAGGAUGACGAAGGCGACGCAGAAGCGUUCGGGUCUGUUCAGGUUCAUGGGGCGCUCGGCUCCAGAGAGUCCCCAGCUCGGAGGAGCAGCGUCGGGUUUCACCGCCUCCCAAGUGGAAGUCUACUUCAGCCAGCCUUGCAUCCCGGAAGACGCGGACCCGCUGGCUUUCUGGUACCACCACCAGGGGGCGCUGCCUCAUCUGGCGCACCUGGCCGCCAUGUACCUGGCCACGCCCGCUUCCCCGGCUCCCGUGCGGCGGCUCUUCUCGUUGAGCGGCGGGAAGACCUUCGGGCCCCUGGGGGCCUCUCUGUCGGAUUUCCGUUUCGAAGAGAUGAUGUUUCUCCGUUGCAACGGGAUGUGGAAGUGACAGCUGCGGCUUAAAAUCUCAAACCCUGUUGUUGUUGUUGUUGUUGUUGUUGUUGUUUUUGUGCGUCUAUAUCAAAUCAGAUGUUAUUUAUAUAUAGGGUCAAUGAUCUGGUAGUUAGAGAUAAACCAGGAGGUUCAAAAUCACCCGGCUCAGCCACUGACUCACUGUGUGUGUGUGUGACCCUGAGCAAGUCACUGAACCUCCUUGUGCUCCGUCGUUCAGGAGGAGACGUCAAACAAACGAGCUCCUAUUGGAAGUGACUCUGCAGCAGCCACUGACUCCCUGUGUGUGUGUGUGACCCUGAGCAAGUCACUGAACCUCCUUGUGCUCCGUCCUUUGGAUGAGACGUCAAACAAACAAGCUCCUAUUGGAAGUGACUCUGCAGCAGCAGCAGUUGUUGAUGAAGCAGAGUUCACCCCCUUAGUCUCUGUAAGUCGCUUUGGGUAAAUGACUGAUUAAUAAUUACAACAUCUGAUAAAAUUAUGUCUUAAAUAACAUUAAUUCUACUGUGCAGUGUUUCUCUCUCUGUUUCAUAGAUUUUUCAUAAUUUGAUGCAAUAGCUAAUAUUAUUAUUAUUAUUAUUAUUAUUAUUAUUAUUAUUAUUAUUUUAGGAUUUUAUCAAAUGUAAUACAGUAGAUAUGAUACUUUUUGUUUUGAUUUUUUUGAAGGUUGGUUUACAUUUUGAAAGAGAACUGAAGCUUAAAAAAAACAAAAAAUAAACGACGUGUUUUUUUCCAGCACUAAAAUGAUAUUUUAUAAAUACCUACAGUCGUGUGCAAGUGUAUUAGAACACCCCAUUGCUUCUGUAGUGUUCUCAAAACAGGCAAAUUCCUGAUUCUCAUUUAAUGGAUGACUUUAAUAGACCACACGUGCAAUUUCAAACAGUCAGAGAAAAGGAACACGGAGCCACACGCGGUCAAACGCAGGAGACUUUUUAGAAGUUGUUUGAGACGCCUGAUUAAAGCACAAAGCGGUCUCACAUUUUCACACACAGGAGCGCCUGUUGUUUCUAUAUCCCUGACUACUGAGAGGAGAUUGAAAUUCUCACCCCCGGAGGUGUUUUCAUGCAGGCGGGUAUAUAAAGGAUAUCAAUGACACACCUGGAGGUGUGCCGAGACGUUUGCACAUUAUUGUUAUUUACAAACAAAAUGUGUUGCUGUUUAGCGUCACUACGGCUGUAAAUCCAUGCAUUCAACAGAUUAAACAUUUUAAAAAAAUGUGGGUGUAAAUUUGUCGUUGUCAUUCGGACAUAUUUUAAAUAUUGAAAGAAAAAAAAACUGGUUUAUUUACCGUUCUUUAUUUGACAUCUUUACUGUAAAAUUAAUUUGGCGGAUUUGUUUUUGGAUCCAAUAUUCAGCACGGAUUUAUAAAAUGCUGCAAGUGGCUGUGUGGAGGCUGUGUGGUCCAGUGGUUAAAGAAAAGGGCUUGUAACCUGGAGGUCUCGGGUUCAAAUCCCACCUCAGCCACUGACUCAUUGUGUGACCCUGAGUAAGUCACUUCACCUCCUUGUGCUCCGUCUUUCGGGUGAGACGUAGUUGUAAGUGACUCUGCAGUUGAUGCAUAGUUCACACACCCGAGUCUCUGUAAGUCGCCUAGGAUAAAGGCGUCUGCUAAAUAAACAAAUAAUAAUAAAUAAACAAAUAAUAAUAAUAAAUUCUGUCUCAAUCCUAAAAUUUUAAUAUUUUAGCGAUAAAAACAUAUUUGCUUUCAAUGCUUCAAGGGACUGUGGGCCAGUUUUAAUAAAAUUAUUAUCAGGA